AUGCCGCACGAGCGAGAUGUCGAAGCGGCGGUCAUGGCAGACGCGGUGCUGCUGUUGCUGAUGCUCUUCGUCGUAGUCCUGGUGUCGUUCGUUCUGGACCGGUACUCGUGCAACCUCGUGUCACAGAGCGGCUUCGCUAUGGUGUUUGGCCUUGUCGUGGGGCUCGUUAUGAUCAUGGGCGACCGACACGCAGCGCUGCAUUCGCACUUAAAUCUGGACAGCAGCCUCUUUUUUAGUGUUUUACUGCCGCCAAUUAUCUACGAAGGAGGGUUUUCGAUCAAGCGGCAAGCGUUUUUCCGGAACUUCCCGGCCAUUAUGGGCACGGCCGUCAUUGGUACACUUGUUGCUGCGACCAUCACGGGCGGCAUCUUGUUUUUUGCUGGAAAGUUACAGAUGGUGAUGAGGCUUUCGUGGGUUGAGGCUUUGCUGUUCGGGACAUUGAUCAACGCUUUGGACCCCGUAUCGACGUUGUCGUGCUUCAAUCGACUCCGCGUCCCGCCGCUGCUGUUCAACCUCGUGUUUGGAGAGAGUGUGAUCAAUAACGCAGUGGUCAUUGCUUUGUAUCAGACGCUGCACAAGUGGGACGUUGGCACUAACUUGAGCUGGAAGCAGUUGCUGCGAGUGGCUCUCAACACAAGUGGAAUGUUUGUGGGGUCACUGCUAGUGAGUGCGGCGAUCACACUGAGUGGCGCCUUCUUGCUGAAGCGCAAGGUAUUUGCGACACUGCACUUCUUCCCGAGCUACGAGAUCAGCUUGUGCUUGAUCUUUAGUCUACUGACGUAUUACGUAGCUGACAGUCUGGACUUGAGUGGCAUUGUCGCGCUGUUCUUCUCGGGAACCAUGACAGCUCACUAUCACUUCAACGCGCUGUCACGUGAAGCUCGGCAUGCAUUCACCCACUUACUGCACACGCUGUCGUUCGUGUGUGAAAACGUCGUGUACGUGUUCAUGGGCACGUCAGUGAUCCUGAUCUUCUCGGGCCACCGAAAGCACAGUUCCAGCACAGCGCUCAGCGUGGACGACGUUGACUGGCAUUUCAUCGCUCUUACACUUGUAGCCUGCGUCGUAGCGCGCUUUUUCAACAUCUUUCCACUCUUGAGUCUGUCCAACUGCUCGCGGGAUUCGUCAGACCGUAUUCCGAUCAAACACAUGAGCGUGAUGUGGUUCGUCGCUCUGCGUGGAUCCAUUGCGUUUGCACUCGCGAAGAACUGGAAAUACGUUGGUCUGCACGGCUCUCACCGUCGUCUUGUGGAAUCGACCACUCUCGUUGUCGUCCUCUUCACGACAAUCGUGAUUGGCGGCGUGACAGGGCCAAUUCUCUCCAAGCUGCGCCUCACCGAUCAUCACAGCGUGCUGAGGCAAUCGGAGCCUGGACCGAAUGCUGGACACGACUCGAGUUGGGUCGAGGACCAGUCACGAGCGCUACAGCGCAGCACGCGCCACUUCGCGCUUCGUCGGAACUCCAGAAACACCGAUGUGCACGACUCGCAGCCGUCAGCAGAGAACACGGCGGGAGAGCAAGCAGCUGGUAUGGAUCAAUACCCGGUACUCACGUCACGACCGCAGUUUCGAGAUGAGGAUUACAGCGAUAAUGAGGGAGGAGAGCGCGACGGUGCCCCAUUGACUCAGCGCAGCGAGACGCUCACUGGCGCAUUCAUUCGCAAGUGGCAAACGUUCGAUGUAGCGUACAUGCAGCCGAUAUUCGGUGGCUUCGAGACUGCUGCGAUCCGGAGAGCAGGAGACGAGACAGAUGUAACAGAUACUCUUGUCCAGGAAGAUGACGACGAGCUUCACGCGGUCUGA